CUGUUUCGGUUUAAAAAAGGUUAGAACUCACAAAUUUAUCGUGUAAUAAACUCACUAUCAAACUAUAAAUUAGGUACAUGUAAGUAGCAAUUUAGUAGUACGCAUCUAAUAGUGGUAUUCAAUGUUUUACACUAAGUUUUUAGUCAUUAUCAGGUAUAAAUUACUUCAAACUGGGCCGCUGCUUUUGAGAUUUGCACUUUUAUUAUACAUUCUUUUAUAAAUAAAACGAAAAUAGAUUAGUUGGUGAUUUUUUUCGAAUAAUGGAAAUAAGUAUUAUAUAAUAAGCGUUGUGCCUCUUGCAACAAAUAUAACGAGAUUAAAGGUCGAGGACAUCAAAAAUAAAAUAUUUAAAUUUACGUAUUAGUGCCUUUUAUUUUUUUGAAAUUGCCGCUGUGUUUAAUACCGGAAAUCAACUCCAUCAAAAUGUGAUAGGUUUUGUGUAUGUUCAGAUUUCGGAUUUUGUUAACAGUGAUUUCUUUUAAAUUUGUUGAUGUACAACAUGGUCUAAUAUGAAGAAGAUAAGGAGCAAAAUUUAAAUUUGUUGUUUUCGAAGUGACAAUCAAUUUCAUUUUAGUGGCUUCUCAAUUGACAAAUAUCGAGUUAUAAACAUAACCUAUAAAUUGAUUUAAUGGUGUUAUUAACUCCAGUAAACAAGGGCUAGCUAAAGCGUUUAGUGUAACAGACAUAAAAUUGUAUAAGAUUUGUAAGAACCGCAAAUUCUAAACGAUUGUUUUAAUUAUUAUUAUAAGUAGCUAGAGACUAGCAGUGUAGUGUAUUAUAUAGUGGUACUGAUGUGAUUCUCCAACUACUAAUCAAAGAGAUAACCAUAAAUGGACAGUAAAAUAAAUCAAAUCGUUUAACUAUUUAAAAUGAAGUCUAAUGGAGCCAGCGAUAAAGAAAUUGACUUAAAUAGUAGUUAUGAUCAUGGAUAUGCAUCAAAUUCUGGGACCGUUCUGCCCAACCUUUCAAGUUCAAACUGUCAAAACGCCGAAAGUGAGGUUAAAUUUUUAAGAGAAUGGUUGUUGUUGCACUUGGAUUUAAUUCAACAGCAAAAUGACGAAAUUCUAAGCAAGGAAAAGACAAUUUCAAUGCUUAAACAAGAAAAUGAAAUGCUUAAAGAACGCCUAAACAGCUUUCAAAAAGGGAUCUCCUCCCAUUCUCAAAGAACAACAGAGUCUAAUUUGGAUAAGUUUAUUACGAAUACUGACUUUAAGAUAACGGAAGUUUCCCAUAUUGUUAGGGAAGAAAAAGAGGAAAUUCCCUUACUUUCGCUCUCUACUGAAACAAAUUCUAUAACUGUAGAAAAGGCUGAUUAUCCCGAAGAUCAUAAACCUGAAGAAAAUUCUUCAUCUAAUGUGAACUCAUGUACCACUUACUACAAUUUGCCAGUAAAUAACAGUGAUAGCACUCAAGUUGAUGAAAAAGCACAAAAAGACAACUUCAACAGCUCUGAUUGUAGUGCCCUAUUAAAUAAUUUAACAGAAAAUAAUAAGUGUACAGAUAACAUACCAGCAGCCACCUCAGUUGAUGUUUCACUAAAGAACAUACGAAUGAGUAUCCGAAGGAAAAGAUUAUGUAAAACGGAAAACCAACUGUUGUAG